AUGCUUGGUCGCCUCUUCAGGUCCAUCAUGACGUCGGAGACGGUCAAGAAGGUUCCUAUCCCCCCUCGCGGGGUUGACUACCGGGGCAAGAUCGUGCUUGCGCCCAUGGUUCGGUCUGGCGAACUGCCCUCGCGCCUCCUCGCCCUGCACUACGGCGCCGACCUUGUAUGGGGCCCGGAAACAGUCGAUCGGGCCAUGAUCGGGACCACCCGCCGCGUCAACCCCCUUACACAAUGCAUCGAGUGGACGCGGCCCGCGACGCCCAACCCGGCGCCCGACGCCAAGGAGAACGUCAUAUACCGCAUGGACCCCCGGCGCGAGGCCGGCCGCCUCAUCUUCCAGCUCGGCACCUCGGACCCGGAGCGCGCCGUCGCGGCCGCGCGCAUCGUGGCCGCGGACGUCGCGGGCAUCGACGUCAACGCGGGCUGCCCCAAGCCCUUCAGCACGCACGCGGGCAUGGGCGCCGCGCUGCUCCGCGAGCCGGACCGCCUCGUCUCCAUCCUCGACGCCCUCGUCGCCGAGCGGUUCGACGUCGGCGUCAGCGUCAAGAUCCGCCUGCUCGAGACCGCCGCCGAGACCGAGGCGCUCGUGCGCCGGCUCGUGGCCACGGGCAUCGCGGGGCUCACGGUGCACUGCCGCACCACGCCCAUGCGGCCCCGCCAGCGCGCGAUCCGCGGCCAGCUGCGCAUGGUCGCCGGCGUGUGCCGCGAGGCCGGCGUCGCGUGCCUCAUGAACGGCGACGUCGAGGACCGGGACCAGGCGCUGCGGCUCGUUGACGAGUACGGCGUCGACGGCGCCAUGAUCGCCACGGCCGCCGAGACCAACUCGAGCUGCUUCCGCCCCCGGGAGCUCGGCGGCCUGGCCCCCUGGGCCGAGGUCGUCGAGCACUACCUCCGCUUCGCCAUGGAGGUCGGCAACCGCUUCGGCAACACAAAGUACCUGCUGGCGCAGAUGGUGCCCGGCAAGGCGCCCGAGUACAGGCUGGUCAACAAGAGCCGCAGCUUCACGCGCAUGUGCGACAUCUUUGGGCUCGAGGGCGCGAUCCGCGAGCAGGCGAUCGAGGCGGAUCUCCGGCAGGGGAUCGAGCCCGGGCAGGUCACCAAAGAUACUACUCCCGUCAGCAAGAAGAGGAGUGCCAAGGACGCUGCGCUGAAUGCGGAGGAGCCGAGUCAGAAGCAGAAAGUAUCGAGUGUCGCCGCUGCCGUGGAGAAGGCGGCUGCGCAGGCGCAGUCUCAGAGUGUGCCAGAAGUGGCGCUGUCCAUGUAA